AUGCCUGAGUCAUUCAUACAAACUAUUGCAGACGACUACGCUUCCCUGGACGAAAUGGCAGGAACGUCGUCGACAUCGCGAGGCCAGUGCACAGUACCUCUUCUGGAGGAGUCAAGAGCGCACAAUGGCGAAACUACGGACGACGGCUACGAAGUACCACUCAAUCCACCGAAUCACCUCAGUAGUCCUCAAUCUCGACAAAAAGAAAACGAAAUGAACGCACGACGAGCGCGCAAUCACUACACGUAG